AGCUGUUCAACGGUGUUGUACCGGCGUCUCGCAAAUUUAUCUGUGCUCGGUUAAUUCAUAUAUAAAUCCUCCAAUAAUUUAUCAAGUAACAAGGAUGAUGACAAGUUAAAAAAUCUAAAGACUGUGUUCUUUCAACAGUGAGAUAAAGAGAUAAUUUGACCAUGGAAUCUUCACGUGGCACAACCGAUGACUUAGAGCAUUCUAUUAAAUUGCUUGGGUCGGAAAAAGCUCAAAGAAAAUCGCUGUUGAGGUUAUCUACAAAGAGUACGAUGCCUAAACGUAUCUCUCUACAGCCUAACUACAAUUUAGAAAAGCGCUCAGAUUCUAUCGAUGACAUCUCUCGAAAUAUUGCCGAUGAAUCAAGAUCAUUCACACUCGGUGUGAAAAGCCCAAGAGUCCAGGGAUCAUAUUUCAAUAACAAAUUGUUGAUGAGAAAUGACUAUGAAGACUUUGAAACUUCCAUUACAAUGGCCCCCCACGAACUGCGGGACAUAAUGAAUACUACUGAAAAAACUGAUCUGACCUUACGGGAACUUAUGGAUGAUUCAGCCGCCACAGGCAUAAUUCUCAGAGCAAAUGAACCUUGGCGGGAAGCUAAUGUUAAACUGUUUCAUGAAUUCCUAGAGAGCAUGCAAGUUCAUACUUCUCUCCCACAAAUAUUUGACACCAUUACAGAUUUCAUACAGACUUGUACUGAUACUCUGGAAUUUAUGAGAGGCUUACAGUCCAAAGUGGAAAGCACACAGAUAUCUGAUGAAGAAGUAAAUUUGGAAAAUGAAAGAAACACCUGGCGUUUGGUGUAUUGCUUGUACCAACACCGCAUAAGUACAUCAAACUUCCAAUCGCAAAUGGAAAUAGACUUGAAAUCGAAUAUCUCUGAAAAAGAUGUCGUAGAGAAUUUGUACAAAACUGAACCUUUGGUGACAGAAUUUCAGCUGAUUGUAGAUUGGCUAGAAAAAAAUGCCUCUGACCAAGCAGAUAGAUUACCCAUGAUAGAAUAUUUCACUGAUAAAACGGUAGCUUGGGAAAACACAUUGCAUCAACUACAGAACCGAAAAUCAGGAAUAACUUUCAAAUCAUCAAGGCCUAUUGUUACAUCAUUGGACCCCGAUGCACCAAUACGUGAAGGCAGGCCUUUACACGACUUAGACAGAGAAGAUGACAUUAGAUUGGAAAAAAGAAUGUUUUUAGAGGUGAGGUGCGGGCGCUUACAAGAAGCCCAGGCCUUAGCCGUUCAUUGUGGGCAACCAUGGAAAGCUGCCUGUUUAUUGGGAUGGACACCUCAUCAUGAUCCGAAUUAUACAAACCCAUUACCUGAUACAAAACUUCCUAUAGAAGGAAACCCCAACAGAAGCCUCUGGAAGUUGUGUGCUUGGGAAUUAUCCGAAGACAAGCGCGUAGGUGAAUACUACCGUGCCAUAUACGCCAGUUUAUGUGGGAAUCUUCAGCAGCUUUUAACGAUAUCAAAAUCUUGGCAGGAUGCCUUAUGGGCACAUGUUAAGACAUUACUUGAUAUUACAGUAGAAUCUGAAAUCAGAGGCGCAGUAUUAAAAAGCUAUACUCCAAUGCGAGAAGAAUACUGGAAAAAUAAAAUGGACAUUAAAGAUAUAUUCGACGCAUUGCAAGCGUCCAAAUAUUCGAAUAUUCGCGAACAAUCAAACAAGCCUGAUCAUAUAAUACAAAAAUAUUUGAUUCUCGACGAAAUUCCUAAACUCAUGGAAGAAAUUGAGAUUCUUGUAGACUCGGGCACAUGUACCUCUCAAUUUUUACGAUUCUUAGCUCAUUUAACUUUGUUUCUGCGGCAAAUUGGUAAAAACACGAACGACAGAAUCGGCCACAAAGUAUUAGCAGCUUAUGUACAGAUAUUGAUCGAAAUGGGUGAUCCGAAUUUGGUAGCCUUUUAUACAGCUACGCUACCACAGGAAGAGCAAAUAACCACCUAUGCACGCUUCUUGGAAAAUGUUCAGGAUUACGAAUUAAGGAAACGCUGCAUCGCCGCAGCUGAAGCAACCAAUUUGCAUAUAGAGGCAAUAACCAAACUAGUCGUUGAAAAUAUAAGGCAAAAAAAUGAGGACUCAAGUUCCUCAGACGUCAAGGGUACCAUUACUGAAAGUGAUAUGGAGAAGAUCAAUGCCUUAGACUGGGUUGUGUUUUAUCAAAGUCAACGGGAGGAAGCCUUAUGGCAGGCAAAUGCCCUGAUAAGAUAUUUUCUUUCCAACGAGAAAGUAGAUGCGGCCAGAAAAGCAUUGAACAAGAUUCCAACGGAUUCAAUCGAAGUUAUUAUGUCAGAGUAUCCAACUAUGGAUGGGACAAUAGCAAAUCUGACAAUGACAAAUAAUUUAUCCAAAAAGGCAUCAGUGUCAAUUCGCGAGUACUUAUGUUACAAGGCAUAUCUAGAUGCCCAAGAAGGGUUCAUGGAAUGGUUCACACAUUUCCACCAAGGCAAACCUAGUUCGUUACCUGAUUUGCCAAUGUACGCUACUUUCACAGAAAAAGUUGCAUACGAUCAUAAGAAAGCUCAAUACAAUGCCGAAUUAGAGAGAUGGAAGACCACCAUGCAGCAUCACACAAAGGCAGUCAAACAACUUUUGUUCAACGUCUUACUCUUUCCUGACGGAGGAUGGCUUGUUGAUUCAAAUUAUAAUAACGAAGAGCAUAGUUCUCGCGAAGAACAGUUGAGAGAGAAUCAAAUGGAUAAUUUGCGAAAACUAUGCGUACCAAAAAUCGCAUUGCUAUUACAUUCGGUGAUGUCUGAGAUGAAUGAGCACGCCGAGUGCAUCCAAUUAGCAGAUACAUUGGCUUCGGAACAACACCAACUUUACAAGGUAUUUCCGAGAGAACGACUGCGCGAUAUCUUCCGAAAGAUAUGCGAAUCUUCUCUCGCAUUGAUGGACCAGAAAAAAGAUCCCUGGGGUUAUCCCAAAUGAUGUACUUGAAUUUUUUCUGUUGAAUAGGUAUCGUAAUUUUUGUAAAAAUAUUUCUCAUUUCGAUGAAUAUAUUUUACAUGAUCAUUCUGUAAGAAUUAAAUAAAAUAUUGCCAAUCAUAAA